AUGUUUCAACAGUUACUGUUGGAGACGGAUGGCGGUCUUAAGAGACAUGUCAAGGUAUAUUCGUAUCCUGAACCAAACACUAUUUCGUCAAAUGAGAUUUUUGUUUCGCCUUUAAUGGUCUUUAAUCUGAAAUCUCCUCGCACUAUUAAAAUUUCGAAACCCAGUAAUGGCACGUUCCCUAUCUCGAGGUUCGUCAGAAUCGCUAAAGAGGUGACAAUUUCUAGACUAGCGUCACCUGUGACUACUGAUAGAUCUUUCCAGCAAUCGUUCCUUUCCGGAUUGAGAACGUAUUUUGAGUCGUGUUGUCGAGUGGUCAGAAUAAACGAUAUAAUUGCUGUUCCAAUCGAUACAGUGCUUGCUCAAACUCUGUAUGGAAGUACUGAUAUGGGAGCGGUUCCUGCUGGUAGACCAAACGAUGUCGCAUGGUUCAAGAUUACUUCUUUAAUACCAGGAAAAGGCUCUGGUGAAGAUGAUGAGCCUGGUGAUGUAGAGUGUAUUAUUGAUCCGUCUCAUACUAGAAUGGUGCAAUCGGGGCUUGUUACUGGACCUCAUCCCAGUACCCUUUUGGGGUGGAGAAGCUAUUUGUCGCUUGAUAGAUACCCUAAUUAUGGCCAAACUCUUGAGGGAGAUGGAUUCUCUGACAAACACAACUUCAAGCAUGCAGCUGACUUGAGUCGAUUGUUGGCAGCUAGCAUCUCACCUCAAGGUGCUGCUUUACAAACGACAAUUCUUGUGCAUUCAUCAAAACGAGGUGCUGGAAAGUCUACACUCUUAAAAAGUAUUGCAUCGCAGUUGGGAAUCCAUGUUUUUGAAAUCGAUUGCUACUCUGUUACUGGAGAUAAUGAUACAAAGACCAUUGGUACUUUGAGAGCUAGACUAGACAGAGCUAGUACCAUAAGCCCAUGUCUGGUGGUCCUUCGACACAUUGAUGCAUUGGCCAAGAAAAACGACCAGGACGGAACUGAUGGUGGUGGUCUUGUAUCUAAUUUGGUAGAUACUUUUGAAGAGUACAUUGGAACAAGCAGUAAGAAGAAGAACUCGUUUAUUCUUUCGGCGACAGUUGCAGAUGUCGACAGGCUGUCGGAGGCGGUGAGAUCGAAAUUCAAGUUUGAAAUCACUGUUUCAGUGCCUUCAGAAUCGGAACGUAAGGCAAUUUUCAAGUAUCUUACUGAAGUGCCACUGCCCAAUACUCAACUGACAGGUUUUGAUGUGCGACGGGUCCAAACAGGGUUCACGCUGCGAAACGAUGUGUCGUUAGAGACAUUAGCAUUACAAUCAGCCGGUCUGACUCCACCAGACCUGGUGUCAAUUAUAGACAUGUCGAAACAAAAAGCUAUCAAUAGACUACAAAAAGUGGCUAGUGGUCAAGGGUGUAGUUUGCGAGACCUUGUACUGUCCAGUAAAGGGCUGGUUAAAAUCACCCCCGAAGACAUUGAACAAGCUAUUGGCGAAGCAAGAUCGAAAUAUAGUGAUUCAAUUGGUGCACCCAAGAUUCCUAAUGUGGGCUGGCAAGAUGUAGGAGGACUAGACGGAGUCAAGAAGGAGAUUCUUGAUUCGAUUGAGAUGCCGUUGAAGUUCCCACAGCUUUUCAGUGACGGGAUCAAGAAACGAAGUGGUAUUUUGUUUUAUGGACCUCCUGGUACUGGUAAGACGCUACUUGCCAAGGCUAUUGCAACGACAUUUUCAUUGAACUUUUUUUCUGUCAAAGGACCCGAACUGCUCAAUAUGUAUAUUGGAGAGUCGGAAGCCAAUGUUCGUAAAGUGUUCCAAAAGGCUCGUGAUGCUAAACCAUGUGUUGUAUUUUUUGACGAGUUGGACUCUGUGGCUCCUAAAAGAGGUAAAUCUGGAGAUUCUGGUGGUGUCAUGGACAGAAUAGUAUCACAAUUGCUGGCAGAAUUGGACGGUAUGAGUGGACAAGGAGGAGAUGGUGUGUUUGUGGUAGGUGCUACAAACCGACCGGAUCUGCUUGAUGAAGCACUUUUGAGACCUGGUCGAUUCGACAAGAUGCUGUAUCUAGGUAUCUCUGAUACUCAUGACAAGCAAGAGACUAUUUUACAAGCUCUUACCAGAAAGUUUACCUUGUCACCGGACGUAUCUCUGAAACAGAUUGCUGCCAAGUGUCCAUUCACAUAUACAGGUGCCGACUUUUAUGCUAUGAGUUCGGAUGCCAUGCUGAAUGCCAUGACACGAACCGCCGGUGAUGUGGACGCUAAAAUCAAACAAUACAACCUCGAACAGCGAGCUCCACACAAUCUUCCCGACGUGACGACCCGGUGGUGGUUCCGUAAUAUCGCUACCGACGAUGACGUCAAAGUACAAGUGACAGAGGCCGAUUUCGACAAAGCACAACGAGAGCUCGUGCCCAGUGUCAGUGCCGAGGAGCUCCAGCAUUAUCUCAACGUGCGAGCCAGUUUCGAAGGAGGCAAAAAAGACUCUCAACAACCCCCACAACUCCCCUCAUCCACUCAACCACCAGCAUCCAACCGACUCCAAAUCCAACCCACGAACCACUCAACCUCCACUAACCCCCUUCUGAACGGAACCACCACAACCACGACCACCUCUAAAGGCAAAGGAAAAGCCAAAAUCACCAAACCCGUGAUCCUCAACGACCCGCACGACAACCCCGACGCAGACCUGUACGAGUAG